AUGGCAGCUACUUUCUGUCCAAUAUUUUGGCUUAAUGGAGUCUUGGGUUUAACAAUAUUUGAAAUGCCAUCUGAAAAUCCCUGGAUGAAAUUAAGCAUAUUUUAUGCUAUGGGGCGAUCUAUUAUUUAUGGAAUUUUAGUUUGGUAUAAUGUAUUUCUUAUACCACCUAAGCAAUAUAGUAACUCCAUUAUAACACGAGUAUAUCAAGUUAUCCUUUUUUUCAAUAUUAGUAUAGCUGCCGUUUCAACUAUUUUAGGAUUAAUCAAUUAUAAGAAAAUAAAAAGAUUUUUUAAAAAGAUAACUUUGGUGGAUGAAACAAUGAAGAUCUUUGGAAUAAAUCCAGAAUAUGUAUUAACAUUUAAAGAAAAUAUACAAAUAGUGGUUUUUUGGUGUUUUGGAGGACUGAUUAUAUUUAGCAGUGAUCUAGCAGUAGCUUAUUACGUUUUUCAUAAUAUUUAUUAUGUUCUCACAAAUGUUAUUGUAUUUGAAUAUCCACUUUUAAUAAAUACCGUUGUCGAAUUGAACUUUGCAGUAAAAAUAUCUAUAUUAGGAAAGAGAUUUGAACGAUUGAAUGCGCUAAUCCAAAGUUUAACUACAAAUUCAUUAGGAUCUAUGAAUUCAAGAGAUUAUAAUAAAUAUCAACGUAUUUUGAAACACAAUCAAGCUAUGAAAUCUAAGCAAUAUAUAAAAACUAGACAUAAUAUUCAACUUUUUUUAAAAACUGUCAGACAACUUCAUUUGGAUUUGUGUGCAACUUCCCGUGAAGUAAAUGACAUUUAUAGAAUACAACUAUCUAGUCAAAUGGCAGCUACGUUCAUACUGUUGACUGGAUUCAGCUACUGUUUUUAUCUUGUAUAUAAUGAAUUGUCAAUACCUUUAUCUUAUACAAUACAAUAUUACACAUCAUUUGGAAUCUGGAUAAUUAUUAGUAUAUCUAGAAUAAUUCAUGUCGUUCGAACAUCUGUACAAGCCCAAAAGACAAGUCAAAUAGCACAUGAAAUUCAAGUAUCACAAUUAAAAAAAAAAUUAAUAAAUGAGAUUCAUCAGCUUUCUCUGCAAAUAAUGCAACACCCCCUGUGUUUUACUGCUUCAGGUUUAAUUAUAUUAGAUUUUGGAUGUAUACGUGGGGUUGUUGGAUCCGUAACGACGUACUUAAUGAUUUUAAUACAAAAUGAACCAGACAUGAUGAAAGUAGUUACUAUGCCCAUCGAAAAUUAUACUACAGCUAUUAAAACAGGUGAUAUAAUAAAUGAAUUAUACGAUGACCCUAUAAUUGAUGAAGAAACUCAAUGUAAGAUACGAGAAUUUAAUAUUCAGUUAAUACAAACCUCUCUGAAAUUCACCGCUUAUGGUUUCAUUCCACUAGAUUUAACUUUAAUUCAAAGGAUGAUAUAUACUAUAACGACGUACCUAAUGAUUUUAAUACAACUCCGAAAUAUUUCUACAUCAACAGGCAUUAGCAGAAAUCUUUUCAAAAUGUUCCGUAAUACAACUUUUCGAAAUUAA